AUGUUGAAAGGGAACAAGAAGUUCGAAUGGUUGGAAGAGGGCGAAAAUGCUUUCCAACAGCUGAAGCAUUACCUGGCCACUCCUCCUGUUCUUGUAAAACCAAUAGAGGUAGAACCGUUAUUCUUAUACAUCGCGGUCUCCGUAACAGCAGUAAGCGGCGUUUUGAUCAGAGAAGAACGCGUGAUCCUCACCACCUUUCCCCUGCGCACGAUUCUGCACAGUCCGAGUCAGUCAGGACGGCUCGCGACAUGGACAAUCGAACUGAGCGAGUACGAUGUCGAGUACCGCCCAAGAACCUGCACAAAAUCUCAGUUGCUGGUGGAUUUCUUAGUAGAAUUGCCCACGGGGGAUAUGACAAACACGGAACCAGAUUCAACUUGGGUCCUUCACGUUGAUGGAUCAUCGUCCAAACAAGGAUCCAGAAUUGGGAUUCGGCUCACGUCGCCCACCGGAGAAAUCUUGGAGCAGUCGUUUCGGUUAGAGUUCCAUGAAUCAAACAACGAGGCUGAAUAUGAAGCACUCAUUGCAGGAUUACGACUAGCCUAUGGGCUGAAGAUUUGCAUCAUACACGCUUACUGCGAUUCUCAGUUAGUCGUAAAUCAUUACAGCGGAGAAUACGAGGCAAGGGACGAAAGAAUGGAAGCAUAUCUAAAACUCGUCCAGGACCUGCCCCAAGACUUCAACCACUUCGCCCUCACCAGAAUUCCUCGCUCGGAAAACACCCAGCCAGAUGCCUUGGCCGCGCUCGCGUCAAGCUUGAAUCCAGGACGAAAACGGAUAAUCCCCGUGGAAUUCAUUGAACAUCCGAGCAUUGGACCGUCGGUGAUCGCCAAUCUGAUUAGGGGACAAAUCGAAGAUGCAGAGGAAAUCGAAGGUCUACCAAAAGGAAACAUGGAUCAGUCGAAAUACGGUUGCGACAGCCCAUGGCUAGAGCUGAUCCGAGCAUACAUAGUCAACGGAACGCUGCCCGCCGAGAAAUGGGCGGCACACAAAAUUAAAACCCAAGCCACACGAUAUGUAACAGUAGAGGGAGAAAUCUACAAAUGGAGAUUCUCCGGCCCACUCAUGACCUGUGCCGAGGGAGAGAAAGCGAGAAAAGUGAUGGAAGAGGUCCAAUCCGGAUCGUGCGGAAACCACUCCGGUGGAAGGUCACUCGUAGUCAAAAUUAAACGCCACGUUUAUUACUGGCCAACUAUGAUCAAAGACUGCGAGAAAUUCGCACGAAAAUGCGAAAAAUGCCAAAGGCACGCGCCCACCAUCCAUCGACCUGCGGAGGUCCUCUCGUCCAUCUCAUCUCUGUAUCCCUUUAUGCGAUGGUCCAUGGAUAUCGUCAGACCUUUACACAAUUCAAAACAGAAACACUUCCUUUUGGUGCUUACGGAUUUCUUUUCAAAAUGGGUAGAAGCAGAAUCCUACGCAAGUAUCAAAGACGUACAAGUCGAGAACUUCAUAUGGAAGAACAUUAUCACCAGGCACGGGAUCCCUUACGAAAUCGUAACAGACAACGGAUCUCAGUUCAUCUCUACCCGAUUUGAAGCGUUCUGGGAGAAGUGGAAGAUACGGCUGAACAAGUCAACUCCUAGGUAUCCACAAUGUAACGGCCAGGAAGAGACCAUUAACAAAACCGUCCUUGACGGGCUAAAAAAGCGGUUUAGAAGCCAAAAAGGGACGAUGGGCAGAUGA